AUGAAUGAUGGAGUCCGGUUGGAUCUUGAUCCAUCAAAAAUUGGGGAGUCCCAUGAAGAUGUAAAAGGAAGUAAGAACACUGAUAGUGAAGUUCCUGGAUAUAAGUCCUUCAAAUAUGAAAAAUCGGGAGGAUCAUUUAAAUUGAUAGCGCUCUUGUAUGAUGACCAACGACUCGGAUGUAUAAAGUUACCACAGGAGAGUGUCUCAAACGUUGUCACGUACUUUACAUCAAAUGGAAUAGCUUUUCUUGCCUUUUGUAUACAAACUAGUGAAAAAUGUUACUACUACACAAAUUCUAGAGCUGGUACAGCUGUAACGUCUGGUACUGAAUUUGAUGAAUUUUUAACCAAAGAUGGCGAUGCACUCAGUAAAGAAAACCUUGGGAAAGUAUUAGAAAAUGUGGAAGCUAACAAUCAGCUUGACUACGUGGGUUUAUCUGAUGAUAUGAAGGAGAGACUCUGGAGAAGAAGGGGUGUCUUAUUCGACCUAAAUAAACACCAUUUUGAUUCUGGUCCAGACACCGGUUAUCAAUCUGAGGUUACAGACAUAAAAGUCACCGUUGAGGGUCCUGAAGAAGUAGAUGGAUAUAAAAAACUUAAACAUAAAGUAAAUGAAUCAUUUUACAUUCAUGGUAUAGAAGACACUAGUCACCGUCAUAUAACUCUAGAAAAUGGAUUCCCUAAUGACCUACUGAGCGGUUUUACUGCAUAUUAUUAUAAAGAGAGUAGUUACUACACCUACAACCCUCUUUUAAUUAUUCUAGACUCACAUAGUAGUGGUGACCCAAGAGAUGUUAUGAGUCAAUACUACCUCUCUAAGAGGACUAGUACCGAAUGGGACAUUCGAAGGAUUAAAGGUGCCGGAUUAGCAGAGAAAAACGAACUUCCAGAGGUACUAAAGAGUAUUGAGCAGAACAGUAAGCUUGAUAUUUCUCAGUUGAGUGAACUCAAGAGUAAGCUUGCGGAUAUUACUGAAGGUCUGAAGAUUAAUCUUAAGGAAGCUGAUACUGAUAUUGGUACAUACAAUUGCGAUGAUGGUAAAGAAGUUCCUUAUGAGAAGAUGAUAUCUAAUAGAUACACUGUUGUUGUUCACGCAUCUACAUUCGCUAGUUUUACAAUAAGGGAGAUUAAUGUCACCAAAGAUCAGUCCAUACCCUCAACCGACCUCAUUCCACUUAAUACUAGACUUUCUAGAUUAAAGGUCUUUUACGAUGGCACUGUAUCGACAGAUGACCCCCUACUAAUUUACUUCGAAUACAACGGCGGUGGAAGAAAGAAGUGGAUAUGCAGGCACUCUGGAGAUAAAGAGUGGACGGAAGUUGCUAGCGGAGCUGAUGCUCCAAAAAAAGAUAGUGACUGUGGUAAUAUCCGGAGACUCCUAUCAAAAUAUUCAGUUCCUUGUGUUAAAAUAGAUAUUUCUAAGCCUACUGGUAACUACCAGCCUGAUGGAAAUACUCACACAUUUGGUGUUUCUCAGACUCAGGUUAACGGUUCAUCAGAAUACUAUGGAUUCACACAUACUGCGCCCAGAAAUAUAGGCUUCAAGAUUACACAAGUUACUCAUAACUCUUCUACACUUAGUGGACUAUCCUCUCAGGACCCUCUUUACAGCAUCUCUGCCUAUUACUAUGGAAAUAGUCCUGGAAAAGGAGAAAAUCUUAUACUGGUUGAACUCGUAAAGAAACUUGUUGGAGAUAACACCUAUAAUUAUUAUAAAAGGGAGAAUAAAGGAUCACAGGAAUGGAUAAUAGAUUCUCAUAGUGAGACCAAGCUGGAUAAUCUCAAGCUUGAAGGUUAUCUUAAGAAUCUAAAGGAUGAAUAUCUUGGACAGAAUGGAGUUCAACGUGAGGAAGUCCCAGCAGCUGAGUUAUCUGACCAGGUUCCUGAUACAGAGUCUGAAACUAAGAUUCUUCUGCAAUCUCCUGGUCAAAAGGACAUUGGUCAGAAGAUAGCCGAGCUCUCAAAUGUCGUAAAUAGUAUAAGCUGGUGUCCGGAAAACAGAGUUAUAGCUGUAUCAACGGAAGAUGGCCAUAUAUCACUGGUAGACACGCAAAUUGAAGGCUCUGGAAAAAUACGCUAUUUUGACGGGCACACAAAUAUCGCUCAGGGUGUUGCCCUAGAUCCUAAAAAUGAGCUCUUAGCUUCACUUGGAUCUGAUCAGUGCCUACGUAUUUGGAAAAGGAGAAACCAAAAGAGCUGGAAGAGUAUCCUAGUUUUAAAGGGUGCAAGAGACAAGGGAGAAACAACUUCCGAAGACCCAGAGAAUACACCAGAAAUCCGGAGAUAUGGACGUUAUGUCUUCAUGUCUGAAGAACUUAAAACAUUUUUUAGACGCCUAGAUUGGUCCCCAGAUGGAAGGAUUCUGGUUGCACCAACAGGAAUUAGAAAUGUUUCGAAGGAGGGAGAGCCUACUCAGCCAGCAUAUACCCUCUAUAUGUUUUAUCGUAAACUUAUAAACUUUGGUAUUCCAAUGAUCACGCAUCAAUCCCCUACUGGACCCUUUGUGGUUGUUAGAUUCUGUCCCAUUUAUCUAUCGACUCUGGACAAGCAAAAGAAUAACUUUCUCAACAAACUCAUGCAGGGAAAUAAGAACGCAAAGCUGAAGCCUGUUGUAAAAAAGUCAAAAGCAACAGAAAAGACUGGACCACUUUCAACCAACAAGAUUGAUUCUUACUUUGGUGUUCCAAAGACUGAGAAAACAGAAUCUGUAGAUGUUCCAGCUGAAAGUUCAGACAAAAACGAGUCACAUGUUGAAGAAAAUACACUUGACCAAGUAGAACAAAUGGAUGUUGAUGCUGUAAAAAUAGAACAAGAUGUAAGUAUGGAUGAUGAACCUGUCAAGGAUGAAUCUAUGGAUUCACUUGAUGGUGAGAAAGUGGAGGAAUCGCAGGCAGUAGAAAAUUCUGAAACUGUAAAGAUAGAGGAGGAACAAAUCGCUGCGGAUUCACAGACUCCGGUUAAGAUCCUUGAACAUGAAGAUACUACGAGCCUUCCAGAGAUGAUAAAGAUGGAGAGCAUCGACUCUGCGGACUCUAACAAUGCGACAGAAGUUGAAGAAAUGGGAACUCAAGAUGAAGAGACUGUGCAAGCGGAAGUCGACGAAACAGCAAACGAAGACGCUGAACAGCCCGCAGAGCGGGCGUACAAUUUGAGAAAACGUACCAGCGUCAUAAAACCGAUAUUCUUUGACAAUAGCAUAAGGAGGGAACCAAGAAGACGCGUUGUAAAGAAGCCAAAGCAAAAGGAGGAAGUUCUCCAUGAGGAAGACUACGACACCGACUUGGAACAAGAAGUGACUAUUCCGCGAUUUAUCUUUGCCACGGGCACCGUUGAUGGUUCUGUCUGUUUCUACGACACGAAUGAGAAUGGAGGACCCAUUGCAGUACUCAAAAACCUCCACUUUUGUCCAAUCACUGACAUUAGCUGGUCCCCUGAUGGUUACGUCUGUGCAAGCUCUUCUAGCGAUGGCUACAUCACAUUUGUCAUCUUCAACAAGCGGGAGUUGUCCUGA